CCCCACGGUUGUAUUUUUGGACACGUCCUGAUCGGUCCAUGGACGGUAAAGUUUGAAUGUUUGUUUUUCCUGUAAAGUGUAAGUGCAUCGAUAGAUUAAACUACUAUAGGACAACUAUUGCAAACAUACAGAUAAAUAAAAAUGCUUUGCCAUAUAACGCGACCGGACUCGAUGGUGAUGGAGGUGGAUGUUGAUUCGAAGGCUAAUGGAGAGGACUGUUUACACAAGGUCUGUCGGAAACUGGGAAUAAUAGAGGUGGAUUACUUUGGGCUUCAGUUCUGUGGAAGCAAAGGGGAGAGUUUGUGGUUGAAUCUCAGGAACAGGAUCUCCCAACAGAUGGAUAACCUGUCUCCCUGCAGACUGAAGCUUAGAGUCAAGUUCUUUGUGGAACCCCAUCUGACCCUGCAAGAACAGACACGACAUAUGUUCUUCCUGCACAUAAAGGAGGAGCUGGACAGUGGCAGCCUGCAGAUGGAGGCUGAGCAGGCCAAGGAGCUGUGUGCCCUCCUAGCCCAGGCUGAGUACGGAGACUACAACCAGAACACAGCCAAGUACUGCUCCAGCCAGAUCUUCAGACAGGAGCCUGACCUGGCAACCAUCAACAGCAUCCAGGAGAAGCACCGUGAGCUAGAGGGUCUGAGCCAGGCGUCAGCAGAGUACCAGGCCCUACAGCUGGUGUCCUCCCUGGAGAACUACGGGGUGGAGUGGCACUGGGCCAGGGACUCAGAGGGACAGAGGCUGGCCAUAGGGGUCGGCCCUGAAGGGGUAUCUAUCUGUCAGGAGGACUUCACCCCCACCAACAGGAUCAUUUAUCCCAUCAUCCAGAUGGCCACCCAGUCAGGGAAGAAUGUGUACAUGACCAUCACUAAGGACAGUGGUGAGGAUGUGGCCCUGCUGUUUAAAAUGACAAGCACCAGAGCUGCCAGCGGCCUGUACCGGGCCAUCACAGAGACCCACGCCUUCUACAGGUGUGACACGGUGACGAACGACGUGAUGAUGCAGUACAGCCGUGACUUCAAGGGUCACCUGGCGUCUCUCUUCCUCAACGAGAACAUCGACCUGGGCAAGAAGUAUGUCUUCGACAUCCGACGCACCUCCAAGGAAGUCUACGACCACUGCCGCAGGGCGCUCUACAACGCCGGCAUGGCAGGGGACUGUGUGUCCGGCGAGCAGAGCCCGUCGCGGUCCCCUGGGGUGGGGGAAGGAGGCUGUGAGGGGUGCCAGAGGAGCCGGGUUCUGGAGGAGAAGCUGCAGCAGCUCCAGGAUGCUCUGCUGUGUAUGCUGUGCUGUGAAGAGGAGAUGGACGCUGCCUUCUGCCCCUGUGGACACAUGGUGUGCUGCCACAACUGUGCCGUCCAGCUAGAGGUGUGUCCGGUGUGUCGGUCAGAGGUAGACCAUGUCCAACACAUCUACCUGCCCACCUGUGCCAACCUGCUGUCCCUGGCAGUGAGCAGUGCUGCCCCCUUCAAUAUUCCCAGAGACCUGGCCACUCACCUCUGUUCCUCCAGAGAGUUCUACACCAGCACAGACCAGAUCUGUCACACGUAGAUUUACUUCCAAAUAGCUAUCAUUGCUAUCAUUGCUAACGUUAGCUAGCUAAAAAUCUGGAGGUCUCCCCUCAAUCUUAGCUAGUUGGCUAACGUUAGCUAGCUAAAAAUCUGGAGGUCUCCCCUCAAUCUUAGCUAGCUGGCUAACGUUAGCUAGCUAAAAUCCGGAGGUCUCCCCUCAAUCUUAGCUAGCUGGCUAACGUUAUACUGCAUCUAAAGUUAAUCCGGCGACAUCAAAAUGAUGAAAAAUGGUUUUCCUACUAAUUAUUUGCCGCCUUUAGAAAUGUCAUUGUGUUUUCAAGCCACAGUAAUAAACUUUAGACUGAAUAUUCAUCAGUCCCCAAUGAGGAUGCAUUGAGUAGAAUGUUCAGUUGGGCAUCAGUCCUAAAACAAACCUUCAAAACAAUAUUGUGAAGCAACGUGCAAACCAUAAAUACCAGGGGUAGUGCUGUAGUAAUAUACCAGUAGUAGUGCUGUAGUAGUAUACCAGGGGUAGUGCUGUAGUAGUAUACCAGUAGUAGUGCUGUAGUAGUAUACCAGUAGUAGUGCUGUAGUAGUUGUAUACCAGGGGUAGUGCUGUAGUAGUUGUAUACCAGGGGUAGUGCUGUAGUAGUUGUAUACCAGUAGUAGUGCUGUAGUAGUUGUAUACCAGGGGUAGUGCUGUAGUAGUUGUAUACCAGGGGUAGUGCUGUAGUAGUUGUAUACCAGGGGUAGUGCUGUAGUAGUUGUAUACCAGGGGUAGUGCUGUAGUAGUAUACCAGUAGUAGUGCUGUAGUAGUAUACCAGUAGUAGUGCUGUAGUAGUUGUAUACCAGUAGUAGUGCUGUAGUAGUAUACCAGUAGUAGUGCUGUAGUAGUAGUAUACCAGUAGUAGUGCUGUAGUAGUUGUAUACCAGUAGUAGUGCUGUAGUAGUAUACCAGGGGUAGUACUGUAGUAGGAAUAUACCAAGGGGUAGUAUACCAGUAGUGUAGUAGUACUGCAGUAUUGGUGUUGUAGUAGUAGUGUGCUACUGUAUGAGGUGCUAUAUGACUGCAAACAGUAUCAUUCUGAACAUUAAUUUCUCUGGCAACAGCUCUGGUGGACAUUCCUGCAGUCAGCAUGCCAACUGCACGCUCCCUCAACUUGAGACAUCUAUGGUAUUGUGUUGUGUGACAACUGCACAUUUUAGAACAAUCUUUUAUUGUCCCCCCCAGCUCAAGGUGCACCUGUGUAAGGAUUGUGCUGUUUAAUCAACUUCUUGAUAUGCCAGCUUCUUGAUUAUCUUGGCACAGGGGAAAUGCUCACUUACCAGGGAUGUAAACAGAUUUGUGCACAAUUUGAGAGAAAUAAGCUUUUUGUUCAGUAUAUGUAUACUUUACACUCCAUUGUAUUUUGAUAUCUUUAUCUCUGCCAUAUAUAAACGGUAUAUACAUGUGAUGUCUCUGACCAUAGUGUUGAAAAAGUCAUUACAUUAGACUAGAAGAGUGUACCAGACCAGGUAAAUAGUCUUUAUUUUAUUAUUAUUUAUCAGGGCCCAUAGGGCUGUAAUGAAGUAGUGCACUAUAUAGGGUGUCCGUUGGGAUGGAUGUUCCCACUGUCUUCCACAGAUGAGUUACUCAAUUUAUCUUCUGGCCUGCAGCGAGUUCAAAAAAUGUACCAUACCAGGCCUGUUACCAGUCUACAGAAGUCACAUUAUUGCUUCUCAUACCCCCCGGCAUCCCACUGCUGGCUUGCUCAGAUCUAAGCAUGGUUGUCCCUGGAUGCUGCUGGAAGUGGUGUUGGAGGGCCAGUAGGUGGCACCCUUUUCUCUGCUCU